GCGCCGCUCAACGGCCAGUGAACGGUGCCGGCGGAGCGGAGAUCCCUACUGACGCCCCGGGAGCGAUGCAUCUGGUAUGGAGAGGGAAUGUCACAUGCGCGCCUUCCCAUAAAGCCGUGGGGUAGACACGUAACAUGCGCUGAUUUCAUACCGUCUGAGAUCUCUCCAACCCAACCGGAACCGGCCGACGACGUGUCUAGAUAAGCGUGAUUUACUGACCUGGAACCCGCGUCCCACCCUGCGUCAAUGGGACCCCCGUGCUAAGGUUUCAUACGCUCUUUGUGUGGGGUGGGGGGGAGAAUGGCAGAGCCCCGGCGGGUACAGCUGGCCUGUCUCUCGCCAAGCGGCCCUCCGCAUCCUCCGGUUCCAAUGAGACCCCGGAGCGAAGAGAAGGAAUCGGAGACGCCGGCCACCAUCCGCCUGGAUCUGAAGCUUUUUGAACCGGAUCAGAAAAAAUGCCCCGAAUUCUGCUAUCCCGAGCUGAUCAGGAAAGCGAAGGCCGCCAGCAAGAAGAGAUCGUCCUCUGAGAAGAAGAAGACGGUAAAUCCUUUCAACGAUGAAGAGGCCGAGAAGAAGGAGGUGGCGGACAUAGCCCAGAGGUUUGAGGAGAAAUACGGGAACAAGAAGAGGCGCAGAGACCGCAUGCAGGACCUGAUCGAUAUGGGCUACGGAUACGACGAGUCCGACUCCUUCAUAGACAACUCCGAGGCGUACGACGAGCUUGUUCCCGCGUCUCUGAGCACCAAGUUCGGAGGCUUUUACAUCAACACUGGAACUCUGCAGUUCAGGCAGGCGUCCGAAUCGGAGGACGAGGGGGUCAAAGAAAAGAAGAAGUCGUCGCCCAAGAAAAUGAAGGAAAGAGGAGAAAAACUGAAGAAGAAGAAAAGAGACGAGGAGAAAAAAUCCAAGAAAUCCAAAUAUCCAAAGAGCGGGUUCACGGCGCUGAAUGGCACUAAAGAGAAGAAAAAGAAGAGUUCUAUAAACCUGACCGAUAUGCUGGCCAGAUUCCAGAAGGAGAAGGAAGCUCAGAAAGUUAAAUCCGCCGCUCCCCCCGUGGCACCUACUCUGAAGCCGUCCGCACAGAUACCACCCACCCCCCCGCAGGAGGCCGAGCCGGCCCCGGACCCUCUUCUCUCUGCCCUGGUGUCUGAGACCGAGCUGCUGCAAGCGGCCAGCGCCAUCGAGUCCCUGAGCGAGAAGGAUCUGGAUCAGUUAGUCCCGAACCCGCCGGAUAAACCGGACGCGGCCCCGAAAGCUCCGGCAGCCGCGGAGGAGUUUAAAAAGCCCCCGUCCCUCCCAGAUGGGCUGCCUUCCUCGCUGGAGAAACGGAUCAAGGAGCUAACCAAGGCUGUCAGAGUGUCCGAGGGGGACAAGAAAACGAUCCCGUUUACCCAGGACAUGAACAGAGCGCUUCUCGACAUCUACCUGUUGUCCCGGGAUCUGCCCUCGGCGCUGCAUUCUGCCGUGUUUACCCACCUCUCCUCCGUCCUGCCCUGUAACAAGGACACGUUGGUGAAAUGGGCGAGUCGGCUCUAUUUGCACAGACAGGGCAGCCCUCUAUGGGAACCUCUGAAGAAGCUGAAGGACGCCAUCGCCAAAGCCAUGCCGGAGCAGAUCAACAAGUACCACGAAGAGUGCAAAGUCCACAACCAGUCCAAGUACGCCAAGAUGCUUGAAGAGGAGAAGGAGAAAGAGCAGAGGGCAGGUUCAGAGGAGGAGGAGGAGGAAGAAAAGAGCAACAAGAAGUCGGCCAGCCCCAGAAAAAAGUUCCAGUGGAACGAGGAGAUCCGGCAGCUCCUGUGCCAGCUGUUCCGGAUGAAGGUGGAGAUGUUUGAGUCGGAGGGAAGCAGCCUGCUCAGCCUGGAGGAUUAUCUCAAAUCCUUCCUGGACGUCGAGGUGAAGCCUCUGUGGCCCCGGGGCUGGAUGCAGGCACGGACGCUCUUUAAAGAGACUCGGCGUGUCUACCCGCAGCUCUCCUCCAUCAUAGCGAAGAACAGAGCGCUGGUCUCACCAAAGCCCAAAGCAAAGGAACCUUCCAGCAAGCACGACAAGAAGUCCGCGUCGCCCCAAUCGGAGAACGCGGCUGGAACCGCAUCUGCCUCCGCCAAGGAGCAUCCGGCGCCGUCCUCCACGGCCUCGCCGUCGCAGCCGGCAGCCUCACCCUUUCAGACGUACGCCCAGGACAACUCUCUGGACGGGGACCUUAUCCACAACCCGCCUUCGCUGGACGGUGUGUCAGAACACCUGACGGCGCUCUCUAACCGCUCUGCGGGUCUCGACGUUUCCACCUCCAAACUGGGGACCUCUGAGAAAAACAUGGCGGUGGAGGAAAAGAGAAAGUCGUGCCCUCCCCUUCCUUCUCCGUCGGUCCCCACCGUCGCCCCACAGCCCCCGCGCGGGUAUCUGGUUGAGCAGUCUCUGCACUUGGGACCUGAGAAGAAGUUGAUGUCCGCUGGUCACAACCCCCGGCCGCCUUCUUCUGAAAGCCACCAGGGGAAGCUCAAACAGCAUCUCCAUCACGGGGCGGUAAAGUCUUCUCAGCUCAACGCGUCCUUGCAGCCCUCGGUGAAACUUUUCCAAAUAACGAACCAGCACAGCAAGGGGAGCCUCUCGCAUCCCGGCCAUGGCGGAAACCCUAGAGGUUCUGCCCCUUCCCCUCCGCAGCGGCCCACCACGCAGCAGACCAAGCCCUCCAAACCCCAGGCAUUUCACUCCGCGUCGUCCUCCGCCAGCAGCGCUCACAAGACUAUCAUCUCUCCGGGCUUUGUGGGCAAACACCCGGCCGGCGGCUCCAACCAGCAAGUAUACCGACCCCCGGUGCAUAGACACCCGGUUCCCACUGGCGGAAACUCGGGGGGCACGGGGGGGCAGAACGCAAGUGCUUCAGCCUCUCCAAGCCCAUCUUCUUCGACCCUCCCGCGCGGUUCUACGGUCCCUGUCAAGAAACCUACGUUGCCCCCUCAAAAGCUGACCUUGGUGGCGCCGCAGGACACCGGAGGGGGCACCCAGGGCGUUGCCAAAUUGCUGACCUCUUCAAUGGUGGCCGGAGUAGGAGGAAACGCUGCUUCUCCCGCUAACAUCGCUUCGGCAAAAAGCAGCGUAGGCUCCGGGCUCCUCGCGCCGGGCCAGUCGCUGACCGUCCUGACUCCAUCGUACAAACCAAGCAGCGGGAAGCUCCCGACGCCGACCUCCCUGGGGAUCCUCUCGCCCAUCCACACCUUUCCACUCCACGUCAUCUCCUUCACCGCGGAUCCUGUGCCAAAAGCCGCGGCCUCGAGCGACGCCAUCGUUACCGGGCCGGCCCCCGGGACGUUUCACCACGGGCUAUCGCGCAAUCUUUUAGGUGGUUUACAUCCAGCCACAAAGCAUCACCCCGCGUCUGUCCCGCACUCAGGCCUCCCGGCGCAUGUCCAGCCGGGCCAGACAGAUGGCGCGCACCUCCACGGGAAGGGGCCCUCGGGUCCUCAGAGAAAGCUUUAAUCUGUCGACCUCCCCCUGGAAUAUGGGUCACGGCGCCAACGACUUUAAAAGCACUUGCACGAGAAUGCUCCCCGCGGCACGACGAAAAGCACUUGUUCUGUGUAUGGCAGGAGUGGCUUGCUGAGGAUGAUGGGAGUUGUAGUCCACGCUGUUGACUCCCAGCCGCGGGGCUAUCCCUGCUGUACAGCUUGCUGCAGUUAUUUUUUUUUUAUACUGUUUUAAU